AUGAAUGAAUUGCCUUCUAUGGUUAUAGUUUUCUUGAAAAAGAGUGACAUACCGGAUCAGCAAUUUUUCCUUCUUCUGGGAUCAUUAAGUGACGUUGAAGACUUUGCAGUUGGCCUAAGCGUGGUGAAGCGAGCUGCCAAGACACAGAGGGAACUCUGGACUAAACUGCCUCCCGGAUAUGGUCAGUUAUCUCACCAUAUCACCCGCUACUAA